UAGUUUGGGUUAUCAGGUGAACGUUUAAUAGUACUCAGGAGCCACCUCGUGGCCUAAAGGCAACCUUUCGGGUGGAAGAACCGCGCGAUUCACGAAUUGUCGCUCUUGUCGUUUCAACGAUGAGUUGCAUUCAGAAACUAAGUUGUAACAGCAUUGCGACACGCGAGUGUGAUCAAAAGCUUGUUGUGUGUGUAUAUAGCACACCGAUUUAUUUGUCAUGCGAAAUGAAUUUUUAUCUACGUAAUUACGUAUCGUCUGACAUCACUGCAACUUCGGACUUUACUCCUUUUCGAUAGUGGAUCCUCUUAUUGGUUGAAAGAAAGAAAAUUUGUGUAUCUUCUUCAAGUAAAUUUUAAGAAGUUGAAACACGGGUUACAGUGUUACUCGUAUAUUACAAUUCAGUCACAUGUGCGCGUGAUCGGUAUUAGAAAACAAUAUGUUCAAGUUUUAACGAUGACUGCAUUGUUUCCUGCUCAUUGCAAGAAAACGUUGCGUCGAUCGUGCACACCGAUAAUGCAGUAAUCUUGUCGAUCUUUCUCAUUUAGAUUUUCCCGUGCAAAUUUACAAUUUUUAUUUCUUUUUAAUGUUAAUCUAAUAAGGGCAUUUAGUUGACUCACUUUGUGUGAAAAGUAACGUUAAAGGGAACACAUUUUUAAACACGUGAUUCAUUAACGUACCAAUCGCGCACCGUAUCUAUGUUCUUUCCUUAGAUAAGAUACUUAAAAAUACUUUCUUUAUGCCCUAACUGUAUGCACUUAUAGAAAUAUUAAUAUAGAAUAUAUGUACACAGACAUAUAUGUUCUAUGAUUUCACUUUCGAUAAAAAAUGAUAUUCCAUUUGAGUAUCAACAACUAACGGAUAUUCUGAUCGAUGUAUAGUUAAAAAGGUAUAUCACAACUAUGAUGAAAUAAUGGUAAAUUUUCGACAAUUCAAACGCCGAUACGUUAAUCGUAACACGUAUCUACACAUGGUGAUAAAAAGUGAACCAAACAUCGUGCUUGAUAAGCGAGCAGGAUUCUACUUUUAAAAUCAUUGCUAGGAAAUCAAAUGCAUCUUAUUCACUUGCACAUGAACUAUGAUGUCAUACUGCAGUGCGCACCAACGGCAACAAGAUUAACGGCCUUGAGAGGAAAAAUAUUUUUAUAGCAUAGACAGUUUUCUCUUAACACGUAUUAUCUAAUACGUUAAUAUCUAAUAUUCGAAUUAGAUUUUCUCUUUUAUGAAUCGUAGACAUUAUGUACCCGUACAUACAUACAUAUACGUUAAAUGCAACAACUGCUAUAGUAAGUCGCAAGUGCAGCUGUGCGACGGUUUAGGAGUAAAAUCGAUCGAUAGUUAUUCGUUGAUCUAACUUUGAUUCAUAUAAUAGACGAUACGUGAUGCGCAUUAGAAACCAUUAAAUCGUUUAUGACGAGAUACCGAACUAUAUAAUAAAUUAUGUAAUAUAACGUCGAAUAGUCAACCGUCAAUAAAAGAAAGUAAAUCAAUAAAGAUGAAUUUCGAGAUAAAUAAUUAAUUUGAAGGUACAAUGUGUAGAUUGACGAUCAAGAUCAGUUUGAUCGAAUUUUAAAUAGUUUUGUGGAAAGUGUACGCGUGAACGCAUAAGGGCCCAAAAUAAUGACGCCCCUGGUGCAGGUUGAGUAAUACGUCCCUGCAGAACGGAGCCCGCGAGGGCUGGUGGGAAAGAGAGAGGCGGGCUAGCGAUCAGAAGUUGAUAGAGGAGAGACGAGGAUAGAGAGGGCGAGAGAGGAACGCGAGGGCCGAGGCACACCAUCGAGUAUCAACCAGCUGGUUGGCAAGGCAGCCGCGAGCAGUCGCCAGUGAGACGCGGUACCCCGCGAGGGCUUUCGUCGUUUGUUCCGUUCGUCUAAUCGUGUGUCUAUAUGUCCGUCAUCUCCCUUCCGCUUAAACCUAUCGUGGUCGUGCGUACGUUCAUUCGUUCGUCCGGUCCGUGUGUGGUGCGUCUCCCUUCGCCUGCUUUCAACGACACUUGCCACCGGUCGGGACUAUCGUCUCUGUGUCAAAGUACAUCUCUGUCUUUCUCUCUCACUCUCUUCGUUUCUCUUGGCGUGCCCGACCGAAAAGACAAGAUGGCUGCCGACUCAGGAAUGGAGACGUGUCCCUCCCCGGAGAUUGCAGACUCCAGGAAGCGGCCGCUCGAUUGUGACGCGGAAAAUGGCGCGACGAAGAGGUCUCAUUACGGAUCAGGAGGAGAUGGAACAUAUCACCUCAAAGUAUUGGUCCCUGGUGUGGCUGCAGGAGCUAUUAUCGGAAAAGGUGGAGACACGAUUGCUCAAUUGCAAAAAGAUACCGGAGCUAAGGUUAAAAUAUCUAAAUCACACGAUUUCUAUCCAGGAACGACAGAAAGGGUGUGCCUAAUAACUGGUAGUAUAGAAGCUAUAAUGGCAGUUAUGGAUUUUAUUAUGGAUAAAAUACGUGAGAAACCAGAUCUCACAUUAAAGACAACUGUUGACUCUGAAUCAGGAAAGACCACGGCAGAGAGGGACAAACAGGUAAAAAUUUUGGUACCUAAUAGCACCGCAGGGAUGAUAAUAGGUAAAGCUGGAAACUAUAUUAAACAAAUUAAAGAAGAAUCUGGCUCGUAUGUUCAAAUAAGUCAAAAGGCAAAAGACGUGUCUUUACAAGAACGAUGUAUAACGGUAAUCGGGGAGAAAGAGAACAAUCGAAAUGCGUUAAUGAUGAUAUUAGCUAAAGUGGCGGACGAUCCACAAAGUGGUAUAUGCCCCAAUGUUAGUUAUGCAGAUGUAAGUGGUCCUGUAGCUAAUUACAAUCCCACAGGCAGUCCUUACGCUCAAGCGCCUACAAGUACACCGACGUAUACUUCUACAGCUGGCAUUAAUACAGUGAGUCUUUUGAACGGUGCUGGUCUUAGUUUGAACUUGAACUUGGGAGCUGCAAUAACAGCUGGUACCGCACCAGUGACGACGCAGUUGUUGGAACACAUAAAGUUAAAUCUACGAACAGCAGGUUUCUCGGAACCUGCUGCUAGCGAAAUUUUAUCAGCGAUUGCUACUCUCGCUAAGUAUAAUCUCCUUGGAAUGGGGAUUGGAAUGCCAUCGAGUAUGAGUUACCUUGGAAAUCCUAUGGAUAGUACCACAACGGCAAAUGGUUCGAACAAUAAUGGCGGCGUAUUUGGGCCAAUCGGAACGGUUCCUGCCCUUGGAUCUACAUCACCUACACCACGUAAUACACUUGAUAGAUACGAGGCCUUUGAUCCGUUCAGACAAAACAACACCGCUGCCAGUGCUAUUCAUCUGAACAACAAUUCGUUUGGCCUGGGUACUAACCAGUUAUCACUUGUAAGUAAGAGUCCUACACAGGUAGACGUGAACAACAAGGAAACCAAGAAAGUAGACAUAGAAAUUGCAGAGGUUAUAGUGGGAGCUAUUCUUGGACCCGGCGGUCGUGCCCUGAUUGAGAUACAGCACCUAAGUGGCGCCAACAUACAAAUCUCUAAGAAGGGCAUGUUCGCUCCUGGUACCAGGAACCGGAUAGUGACUAUCACGGGUUAUCCUAAUGCGAUCGGCACUGCUCAAUAUUUAAUUGAGCAGAGGAUUAGCGAAGAGGAAGCAAAACGAGCACGUCAAAAUGCCCUCGCCAGUAUGAUCAAUUGAUUUCAAGUACAGCACUUUUGUUCAUCCCCAUUAUUGAGCUCCGUUAUUCAUCUUUUCACAUCUUGAGAUGAUGCUACGGUAGCUCUCUCUUCCCUUCUUUAAAGAAAAAAAAAAAAAACUCGUCCACUACCACCUACCACCCGUUGUCAUCUGUCGCAACAUCACUAAUAGCGCUUGCAUUCUCACAUCACUAUUCAUGCAUCCAUCAUGGCUCGUCAACAUUUAUCUAUCUUUUAAGAUUAUUAUGAUAUAUAAAUAUUAUAUGUUAAAUGAUAACUACUACAAUUGUUCUGUGAUACACCACGUUACGGGGCUUUAUCACAAAUAACACACACGUACCACAUCAGAGUCACAUAAUAUAUCUAGUUGUAUGGUAUAGGAUAUUGAAAACAUGGCAUGAUAAAACUAUAUAAUUACAUUUAGAAACGAAAUGGCACAAUUUGGCCGCAAUUGUUUUUGAAAGAUCGAGAUUGCAAUGAUACCAUGCGGUAAUUGUUUCGUUUCAUAAAACGAAAUCGGUUAUUUUUUUUUUUUUGUUUUUUUUUUUGUUUUGUGUAUAGGAGCAUAAUUUAUCUAUUGAUAACGAGAGAGAGAUACUUUUAGUUACAAGGUCAUACAGAACUCACAAAUUGAAUGACUUCGAUCUGAGAAAUUCGUACUUUAAUGUGUGUCUUGGAAACUAAAUUACAUUCGUUUAUUCACAAAAUCAGGUUUUGUGAAUUUAUUGUAUUGAACUGUUCCUUGAACUAUGAAAUGAUUAGGCUAAUUAAGCAAUUUUACUCUUGCUUAACAUACUAUCCGAACGAGUUUUUUUUUGUUUUUUUUUUUUUUUUUUUUUUUUUU